AUGAAGAACAAAAGGAUAAGCAAAAGGGACAAAAAGGAGAUUAAAGUUACAUAUAUUUCAAGUCCUGUCAAGGUGAAAACUAAUGCUUCAAAUUUUAGAGCACUUGUGCAAGAGUUAACUGGUCAAGACUCUAAUGUUGCUGAAAUUACUACUAUGCCCUUGGAUGAUGAAAGACUAGUGCAUAUGGAUGCUUCUUCAACUCAUCAACAAUGGAGGGUGGAUCGUAAUCAUGUGCCUCAUCAAGAUCAUACCUUUUUGAAGUCUGGUUAUAGUGAGUUUCUUUCAAGACAAUCCUUUGGGGAGCCAUUAAGUGAACACCUUCAAUAUGAUUUAUUGAGCUUUGAUAUGUAG